CCUACUUAAGGGGAAACAGUGGUGUGAGGCCCAGUAAUGCGCGCUUUAGAGAGCCUGCCAGCUGCCCGGUCGCCCCCUCCUCGGCCCCCAGCCAUGAAUCUCAGCAGCACCAGCAGCACGGCCGAAAAGACAGUGACGACCGUGCUCUGGGGCUGUGAGCUCAGUCAGGAGAAGCGGACUUGGACCUUCAAGCCCCAGCUGGAGGGCAAGCCCGACUGCAAGUUGCUGCUUCACACGAUUUGCCUGGGGGAGAAAGCCAAGGAGGAGCUGAACCGCGUGGAGAUCCUGCCCCUCUCGAACCUGGAGGACAAGAAAGCGCAGCCGGUCACCAUCGCCUCGCUGCAGGCCUCGGUCCUGCCCAUGGUCACCAUGAUGAGAUUCGAGCUUUCUCCUCCAGUCACUUUUCAGCUCCGGGCUGGCUCAGGACCCGUGUUCCUAAGUGGCCAGGAAUGUUAUGAAACUUCAGACCUAACCUGGGACGAGGAAGAAGAAGGGGAGGAAGAAGCAGAGGAGGAGGAGGAGGAGGAGGAAGAAGAGGAUGAGGAUGCAGAUAUAGACAUAUGUGCGGAGGACACCCCUGUCAAACAUGCCAAAAGACCAUCAUCGAGCCAGAAGCAGACGAGUGUUGCCAAGAAAAAAAAGCUGGAAAAAGAAGAGGAAGCUGCGAGACCCAGUGUCAGAGACAAGAGCCCGGUGAGGAAGGCCAAACUCACGCUCAAACCCAAGAAGCCAGGGUCUAAGAAAUGAGGAGCCGGGGCCUGUGAGACCACCGCGUGCAGAGCGGGCCUUCCCCGGGCUGUGCUGCGCGCGCAGAGUUCUCCCCCCCAACCCCCUCCAUCUGAGCCUGAAUGUGACAGGGGUGUUGG